CUUAUAAAACCGGACAAAUUCGAUGGUUUGGUCCUACCUUUACAACUUUUAAAGAUUAAGCGAUUAAUUUGAAAACUGCAGAGCUAACUUCUCUUCUAUUUUGCCUACGCCCGCGACGCCCCGAUCAACACCACCGUCUUUAUCCACCGCGGAUCGUGAGAUAAAAAAUGCCGAAAGUAAAGACCAACCGAGUUAAAUACCCAGAAGGCUGGGAGUUAAUUGAGCCGACACUCCGCGAACUUCAAGGAAAGAUGAGGGAAGCUGAGAAUGAUCCACAUGAUGGAAAAAGAAAAUGCGAGACUUUAUGGCCUAUAUUUAAAAUUGCACACCAGAAGAGUCGCUAUGUGUUUGACCUUUACCAUCGGAGGAAGGAAAUUUCUAAAGAAUUGUAUGAAUUCUGUUUGGAUCAAGGAUAUGCUGAUCGCAAUCUAAUCGCAAAAUGGAAGAAGCCUGGUUAUGAACGUCUAUGUUGCUUGAGGUGCAUGCAGCCACGCGAUCACAAUUUUGCCACCACUUGUGUGUGCAGAGUACCAAAACAACUUAGGGAGGAGAAGGUUAUAGAGUGCGUCCAUUGUGGUUGCAAGGGAUGUGCAAGUGGGGACUGAUUGAACAUCAAUUCUAGUAUCAGGAGGGUUAUUUUGUUGUGCUUUUUUAUCUCUGCUGUUGAAACCCUCACGGAGCUCAAAGUUCUUCUGGUUGUAUUAUUGUUUACUAACUUCACAAGUGCUAUUCGUUGAGAUGUUAGUUAAUUAUUAUUAAUCAUCAGCACCAUCUGCAUAGUUCAAAACUUGACUCUGUACUUUAACAUUGAUAAUCUGUGUUGCUAAAAAAAAAAAUUGAUAGUCUGUAGUGUACUUUUGCUCGA